CUCACACACACACACACACACACACUGGCUCAAAAAAACCCCGGUUCAUAGCCAUGUCGGGCGAGCAGAUCACGACGCUGUGCGAGCAGCUGAUGAAGGCGGUAAACGUGAUCAUGGACGGAGGCUCGAGUUCACGCUACCGACUGGAGGCCCUGAAGUUUUGCGAGGAGUUCAAGGAGAAAUGUCCACAAACUGUACAGUGUGGGUUGCGCCUGGCUGAGAAAAACAACACUGGAAUUGUCCGCCACUUUGGACUUCAGAUUUUGGAACAUUCGAUCAAGUUCCGCUGGAAUGGCAUGGUGCAGAGAGAAAAGGUUCAACUGAAGAACAGUGUAAUGACCCUCCUGUCGCGUGGUACACAUAAUAUUAUGGUAGAAGAGGCUUACAUCAAAGAUGCACUCUCCCGUAUUGUGGUGGAGAUGAUAAAGCGAGAAUGGCCACAGCAAUGGCCAGACAUGCUCAAUGAAAUGGAUAAGCUAACAGCCAUGGGGGAGACGCAGACUGAACUGGUGAUGCUGAUCCUUUUGCGGCUGGUGGAAGAUGUGGUGACAUUCCAGACUAUCCCAGCUCAGCGUAGGAAGGACAUCCAGCAUGCCUUGACUCAGAACAUGUCCCAGCUUUUCGGUUUCCUGCUGGACAUCCUGCAGGAGCACACGCAGAAUUAUAAACAACUGAAAGCAGAUGCGACUCAAGAAAACAAGGCUAAGUCACAUUGUCGGGUAGCCAUCACGACUCUAAGCACUAUGGCUGGAUAUGUGGACUGGGUUGGCUUACACCACCUGACGGCUGAUGGCUGUAAGCUAUUGGAAGUCCUGUGCAUGUUAUUAACUGAACCAGAAUUCCAGUUCGAGGCAGCUGAGUGUCUUCUCAUCGCUGUCAUCAGGAAGGGCAAGCUGGAGGAUCGUAAGCCAUUCAUGGUUCUCUUCAGUGAUGCUGCAAUGCACUGCAUUUUAUCAGCCGCACAGACUGCUCAUGGAGCUGGACUCGUGGAACAACACUAUAUGUUCCUGAAAAGGCUUUGUCAAUUACUCACAGCUCUGGGAGGACAACUGACUGCAUUGUGGGGUGGUGAGAAGGACAUUGGCCAACCUCCCAACUUCAGCAAAUAUUUACAGGCAUUCUUGGCUUUCACCAACCACCCAAGCCAGUAUUUAAGAUCGUCAACUCAGAUAGCCUGGUGUUCAUUUUUAAGACAUGAAUAUAUCUCCAAGGAUUCUGUAAUGCUGGAGAUAAUUCCACAGUUGUUGCAUGCAACAAUGGCUAACCUCCUGAAGGUUGGCUUUCCCUCUAAAACUGACAGCGCAAGUUGCGAGUAUUCCCGUGUGGACUUUGACAACGAUGAAGACUUCAAUGCAUUCUUCAAUUCAUUCCGAGCUCAGCAAGGAGAGACCAUUAGACUCUCUUGUCGUUUGGCACCAAUGACUGGUUUCAAUAUGGCAUCCGAAGCACUGCAGUAUCAGCUUACAGCAGCCAUUGAUGUUGGCCCAACCAUGUCCAAGACUGGGACAGGUUUGUGUUCCAUCUUUUCACCAUCUUUUGUGCAGUGGGAUGCACUGACUUUCUUCAUGGAGAGUGUCAUGAGCCAGUUGUUCAGAACCUUGGAUGCAGAGCAACUUCCAGUAGCAGAGGGAGUUGAGCUCCUUAAAGCUGUGUUGAGCUAUCAUACCCAUGAUCCCCUGAUUCUUUCUUGUAUCCUGACUGCUGUCUCAACCCUCUGUCCGUUCCUUCUCCAUGAUGCCUCUGUUUUGCCACAAGUGCUUGAAAAGCUCUUUGCAUCUGCUACUUUUGAAGUCAUUGAAGAGAGUCAGGCUCCAAGGACUCGUGCAGUAAAGAAUGUUCGCAGGCAUGCUUGUUCAUCCAUACUUAAGAUGUGCAGAGAUCACCCAGAACUGAUCAUGCCGGUCUUUGACAUGUUCUACACUCAUGUCAAGCGCCUGCAACAAGACGAAAGGCAACUUACCCAGCUAGAGAAAUGUGCCCUGAUGGAGUCUCUUGUUCUCCUGAGUAAUCAGUUCAAGAAUUAUGAGCGACAGAAAGCCUUCCUGGAGGAGCUUAUGUGUCCAGUUACCAGUCUCUGGCUGUCGGAGGAGAUGCAUAGAGUGCUUUCCGAGCCAGGGUUGUUCCUUGCGUACAUUGGCGCAGACGUCACUCCAGCCGACCCGAUUAUGGAAGACCCAUCAGGCAUCAACAGGUCUAGGAUCAGCUUGUGUGUUUACACCAUACUUGGAGUUGUGAAGCGGGCUCGCUGGCCUAGUGACCUGGAGGAGGCAAAGGCCGGAGGGUUCGUGGUCGGAUUCACACCCAGCGGGGCUCCGAUGUACCGCAACGCCUGCACUGAGCAUGUCAUCAAACUUCUUGACAACCUGCUCGCCCUGAUAAGGACACACAAUAACCUUUGGCAGCCAGAAGUGAUGGAGCAGCUCAGCCCACAUUUCAGGAGAGCUCAUGACAUGUUGGAAGUGGAAAAAAAUGCAAUUCUUGGCAAUUCACUGCAAGUUGAAAUGAGAGAUGAGAGGCACAAGGCUAUGGCACCACUUGAAAAAUGUGUAGCAGCAUCAAGUUUGACAUUAAACUUUUGCAUCCCUCAGCCUCUGCUGGAUCAUGCUGAUGCUCCGGUGUACAAAUCUGUCCUGGAACGUAUGCAAGGAUUCUUCUGUACUCUGUAUGACAACUGUUUCCACAUUCUUGGCAACGCUGGACCCAGCAUGCUUCAAGAUUUUUUCAACGUAAACAACUUUGCAGAAUCUGUGAUCAACUCUGCUUUUGUGAACCUGGAGAACAUUGCUGAUUACAGGCUGCGCCCAGUGUUGCGUGUUUUCGUGAAGCCUUUGGUUCAGUCUUGUCCCCCUGAACAUUACGAAUCUGUGCUGUGCCCAAUUCUUGGACCACUGUUCUCCUACUUGCUGCAGAGACUAAGUGCCAAGUGGAUUGUCAUCAAUCAGAGGGGGCUGUUGGAAGCUGAAAGUGGUGAUGCCGAAGAGAAUCCGGAAUCACAGGAAAUGCUGGAGGAACAACUGACUCGCCUCCUGACUCGCGAAUCCAUUGAUCUGAUGACAGUUUGUUGUUGUGUCAAAAGGGGUCCAGAGCCUUUUUGUGGUGACAUGGAAGAUGACGAAAUGAUGAGCACAAAUGAUGGUCCACACACUGGAGCCGAAGAACUCACUGAACUUGGGAAAAGUCUCUUGAAAUCUGAGGAAUUCUGCAAGACGUUGUUGGUAACUGCUUAUAGUGCCAUCUCGUGGAAUGACACUAUAACAUGUCAGAGAGCAACACUGCAACUAUGUUGGCCACUAAUUAAACAGGUUACACUAUCAAACCUACACUCUGAUGCAGCCAGUUGGUUUUUGAUGAGUGUGCUCAGAGGGUUGCAGAUGCAUGGACAACAUGAAGGCUGCCUUGCUGCACUAGUUAAUCUAGCAUUCCUGAUCUACGAGGCAAUGAGACCACGGCACCCUGAUAUAAAAACAGUGAUGCAGCAGAUUCCUCACAUCUCUAUAGAUGCUUUGGAACAGUUUGACCAGAAGCUUUUGAACCCUUCGUCUCAUAAAAUGGGUGAUAAAAGGAGGAAGGAUCUCUUCAAGAAACUUCUGUCAGGUUGUAUUGGGAAACCGCUUGGGCAAAAGUUCAAAAAGGAGGUGCAUAUCAAAAACCUUCCCUCCCUUUUUAAGAAACCAAAACCACAGACCCCACCAACGCCAAUCGAAGAGGAGGCAGCAGAAGAUAACGGCCUAGCUUCACUAUUUGACCCAAGAGUCCAGGACAUGUGAAGAGCGAGCGGCUGAAUCCAGUUUGCUUCCACUCUUGUUUAAAGGAAUAAAUGGACCUUUUUGUUGAUUUUUUUUAAACUUGUAGUCCGUCUUAGUUACGAAGUGUUCUGCAACAUUAGCAUAGUGGAAAUUAGCAUCCAUUGGCCAGUGGCAAUGUUAAAAAUAAUUACUCGCCCAAAAAUACUUUCACGAAACCAAGAUAGCAACUACACUACUACUUUGGUAGCCAGAUAUUUCGGCUACGUAGCUGAUUGACUGCUGACAACAAAGGUAAUUAGUGCCCUCUCCAGAACACAAUAAAAUCUUACCAAGAAUGGUUGUGUUGUGCAGUCUAUAAAACUUCCAAAUACACCUGUGGAAGGUGAUACGUGGCAAAGACUUGUGAAACACAAUAGUUCUGUUUUUCAGCAAUCCGUUUCACAGGCUGUUUGUGCUCUUCGAAUUAAACAAAAAUCAAAUAAAAAAACAGGUUUUGUCAAAAUAUUUUGUACACCAUUGUUAAUAUUAAACACGCCAAACUAGUUUUUUGAAUUUCAUCUUCUAAUGCAUGUCAGGAGAACUAGAUCUUUGUGACCUGUUGAUGUUAUGAAUCUUAAUUGCAUCUUAAUCUGAUUUGUGUGCAUGGGUUCAGACGGGUAACAUUUCAGAGGAGAAAAUAACAAGCUAUUGUUUUGUUUUUAAAUGCUAACUUAAUUUUAAAGAGCUGAUGUAGUACUUACUUCUGUAGUACUUUCAACAUAGGUUUGAAGAUAAAUUUGGAAAUUACAGUGCUGGUUUUCUUCCAUAAGUCGUUGGAAAAGUUUUGGUAAUCGUGUAAUAACAUUUUAAAGGAGACAGACCUUGCAGUUAAAUUAGCUUCAGCGUUUUAAUGCCAUUUUUCUCUUCGGCUACUCCUACUUUGUCUAUUUAUUAACUUGCUUUGGUCAGUAUAUCUUGUAGCUAAUGGUUAUGGGUGAAGGACAUAUGUUCUAUUUAUAAUUGCAAUUGUCGGAACUGAUACGAAAUGGCAGUGUUACCUCCAGGUUGCUUUAGAUCCUGUCCUCCAGUAAGUCUUAGUGUAUCUUUUAAGAGCGAGAAGCAGCGGAUAAAGAAUCCAUUAUGAUGCUGAUAACUGUAUCCCACUCCCCGUCUAAACUGAGCAUCAGUAUCUUGGGGUGGGGAAGGGGAAGGAAAUUGUCUUCCUUACUCUACAGUGCUCUGGAACCCGUACAGUAACAAUAUUGUAGGGUUGUAACAAUAUUGUAAACUUUACCACUUUGUUUAUUUCAUAAAAGCUAAUGUCGAUUAAAGUGUGGUUCUCACAAUCUUUUCUCACAUGCCCGUGGAUGCCUGAAAACCAUUUGGUAGACACUUGGAAAAAUAUUCACUGCAAUCAACUAAUCGUUCCCUGUUUACAUGAUGUGUGAAACAUUGAAAUUAGUUUACCUCUUUGUUUAUGAAGAUAUUGCCAGGAGCUGACUUUGCACUGAACCAGUAUCAAAUAUCUUUUGCGAUGUAAGAGAACCAGAUUAAUGUUCGUUGUCAUGAAGGCUUCCAUCUAUUUUUUAAAGUUUGUGGCCCACAUACUUUGAAAUAAUAUCAGUAUUUCGCACCCUUUUAGUAUGGUGUUAUUCAAUGAUUUAGAAAAGUUCAUUGAGCCAUUACCUUAAGAACUAGCUGUCAUCUUGAUUUUCUUUGUUAAAACUAACUUUCAGCUGCAUUUUCUGCCUUGUAUUGUACAUCAUUUUUCAUUUAUACUUUUAUUGGGGAAUGUUAUGGUAAUGUUGCAUGCUUCCUUAAUGGUGUUUCAUCUAUGAAACUGACUUUAAAACUGGUUGUCAGUAGUUCAAUGGCAGAAUUGUAGUUUUGUUUGGACAGUGUACCUAUUGGGUUGAGCACUACAAAAUUAAAUGCUAUUUCUCAUUUUUUAAAA